ACGCUUCGCGUCGCGACAAUAUCGAUCACUUCCGCCCCGAUCGCAGGUACACACGCAAAAGCACAGGGGAUCGCGGUCGAUCCGCGAUCGACGCCGCGAACCCCCACUAAGGGCUGCGCGUUAGUCCUCGCGCAUCGCGUGGUCCCAAUCACUGCAGGGCGAGCGGUCCUGCGCCCGCAGGACCGUGAGCGUUCUAAUUCUUCUACGGGGGUCCUACGGGUCCCCCGCGAAGACAGAACUUUUCGCCAGCAACUUCCGGCGCCUCUCGACGGCCCCUGCCACCCUCCGCUUCCAGCGAGAGGGUCCCGCACCCCGCGGGGACAAUUCCGCGGCCUCGGCCUCCAAACCGCCGCCUCCAGUGUGCCCGCCGUUAUUUCCUCAACAUAGUUAUUUAUUCAACUAAUGAUCUGUUCUGUAUAACCAAGCUUCAAUUACUGAAUAGGUGGCUAAAUUAAAAAAAAAAACUUGCUUUACUUUAACUUGCUUAGUGCAGAUAUAAAGAACAGAUCAUAGAAUUGAAUCUAAUCUGUUUUCUAAAGAUACGACAUAUCUUAUGUCUUAUCGACGCGAUAUAUAUUGCGAAAAGAAAAAUCCAUAUAUUGAGAAAACUUUUCCGAAGAUAAUCUCUGGAAUCUCGUAAUUAGAUCUCAGUCACGCAAAAACAUUGAAGCGAAAUGUCUGAAGAAAGUCAAGCUUCAGAUACAAGAGUGUUGGAGAGACAGUUUAUGCAUAUCGCUCAGGUGCCGCAGUUCCAGCCAAAAAGUGAAUCUUUUGAAAAUUACAUCGACAGGCUUACGGCGUUUUUCGAAGUCAACAAGGCAUCGGAAAAUGAGAAGGUCAGCACACUGAUAGCUGUCAUCGGCGCGAAUGCUUAUGCCGUGUUAAAGUAUAAUUUAUUACCAGAAAAGCCUACAGAUAAGAGAUAUGUUGACCUGAUAGAAAUACUUAAAAAGCAUUAUUCAGGAGAAUUAAUUCUGUCAGAGCGUUUCAAAUUUAAUAGAAGAUCUCAAUUGCCCACAGAAACAAUUGCAGAAUAUAUCCUAACACUGAAGCAAUUAUCAGUCACUUGUAAUUAUGGAGAAUUCCUAGAUCAGGUUUUGAGGGACAGACUUAUUGCAGGUUUGAACGACGAGUUCUUGAUAAAUAAAUUAUUAGCAGGACCUGUUGAUAUGUCCUUUACACAAGCGUCUAAGAUAUGCUUAGAUUAUGAAACAUCUUCAAAGUCGAGUUUAAAAAAUAUUAAAAGAUCAAUGCAAGUAUUACCUAGCAUCAGGAAAGUUAAGAGUCAGCGAAAUCAGCAAAAUCAGAAAACGAAAGUUAAAUCAAAUAAAUUAAAAGCUAAAUCAAAUAUUCAACAUCCAAUCAACAAAAGUAGUAAUGUGAAAUAUAAGCGAAAUAUUGCCAACAAGUAUCCAAUCUGGAAAAGUUUAUAUCUUCAACGUGGAAAAAAGGAAGACGUAUUUACAGCCUGUGAAGGAAAAGAUAAUGUCAAGACUAAACAAGAAAUUAAAGAUGAACCUAAUACUAGCGACACCGAGGAUACAAAAACAGAAAGCAUGCCAUUAUAUAAGCCAAUAUAUUAUAUUAAUCAGGCCUAUUCAAACUCAAGAAGCUUCUCGAGCUUAGGUGAAGAUGACAGCGAUUUUGACCCAACUUAUGACCCUUUAAAAAAUUCUGAUACCGAUGAAAGCAGUGAGGAUACCGAUGAAAGCAGUGAGGAUACCGAUGAAAGCAGUGAGGAUACCGAUGAAAGCAGUGAGGAUGAUUCUAUUGUAGAUUUAUGAUUACCCGGUAUGCUCUGUAAUGUGGAGCAGCACUUGCUCCAAAAAGAACGAUAGAUCAACGCUGUGUAGCUCCGAAAAACGCAAAACGCCUUGCGCACAGGACCUAGUGCGCAGCCCAAGGAUUUCGGAACCAAACGUUACAAUGUAAUGGAAAAGACAGUCUUGACUCAAUUGCGACACAAAACUGAACAUAAGGCAUUUUACUCCGGUUGAUCGUUCGCUCCGACGUACCAGUACAUAGUUCGAAACUGAACGCAUCGCGCUGACACGUACUCACUGUAAUAAGUAGAACUGUUACACCUAAAUAAAAGUAAGCGUCAGUGAAACCAGGAUCUUUCCUGCCUUAUUCUGUCGCAUCCAUAUCCUUUAAAAUAAAAAGGUUACUCCUA